AUGUCAUAUAAUUCUAAUUUUGAUAGUAAUUUUCCCCCAAAUUUUACAUUCCAUAAUCCACAGACAAAUUUUAUUCCACCACCACCAAUACCGCCUGCCUUCUUCAUCCCUCCCAAUGCUCCCCCACCAAUACUCAAACAAGAUCAGGAUUAUGUUAAACAAUACGAUAAACUUCCUUCGAAACCUAUAAAACAUAAGGAUGAGCAUCCCAUAUCGAUUAGUGAAGUGAAAGAGAAAUUACGUAACCUAGUUCUAACUUUGAACAAAAUAAAAGACAAAGAAAUAUAUUUAAAAGAGAAUACUAAUACAAUUUCUGAGCACGAUUGGACGUCAACUUUAAGUGAUAUAGAAAAACAUAAAUCUAUAAUAAAGGACUCAAUGGCAUGUAUAAAUGAUUCAUACUUAGAUAUGCUUAAGAAGAUGUUAGCUAAGAGAUCGGCAAAGAGAUUGAGAAUGAAAAGACUUAAAUUGGAAAGGAGAUUAGAGAAAAAAGAAAGAUUUAAGGAGUUGGAGGAAAGAUCCAGAAAAAUUGAUGAGAACUUGCAGAAGAUUAAAGAUGACAUUAUUAAAGCUGAACAGGAAGAAGAAGCGAAACCACAAGCAGACAUGGUCCUCAGAGAAGUUUUAAGAAAAAAGCAUGAUGCUAAGAAAUGUAUCACCAAACUGGAUGCUCUGGUGAAACUGUACAAGGCUCGACAGAACACAGCCAAGGGGAGAGGUGAAUCCAUCUCUGAAAAGGAUGCAGAGUGCUUCAAUAAUAACAUUGAAAAACUGAAGUCUCUAUGGAUUCAAAAGUUACACUCUUAUGAAAAGGAAGAAUCUGAGUUGAGAGCCACAUUAAAUCAAGAUAAAGGCAAGGACACAAUCAGUACGAAAGAUGCAGAGGUACUUGGUAACUUGGCUAAGUGGCGGCGAUUCCUGUUCGGGUCUGACUGUACCCCGCAGGCCGAUUUCCAAAGGGAUGUUGGCAAAUUUAUCACUAGGAGAUCUCAGUGGGACCAGUACAUCCACUCUGAAGGAUCUUCUCUGCCCAUAGGCUGGGUGCUUCCAGACUUCAAAACUUCGUAACACAUCAAUCAUCAUUGUUUGCUACAUCUAAUGUCCUACUUAGGGUUGAUCAGUAUUUUUGGUAAUAAUAGAGCUUUUUGAACGAAUUAUAUAUUUUGCACUUGUGGCCUUAAUUGUGCUUUCCGAAUGUUGCAUUUAUAAAGCUUAUUUAAUAAAUUGAUAAUUAAUUAAA